UAAAUGAACUUGUUUGUGGAGCAAUUGGAAAAAAAAGAAAAAGGAAAAAAAAGAGAGAGAAAACAAAAACAUUCAUUGGCUUUUUGUUUCUGUGUAGAAACCAAUAAAUGAAAGAAAAAGGUCACAGGUCAUUGGCUAUGGCAGACGCUCACCUUCCUCAUCUGCCAUCAUUUAUUGGUUCUUCCACCACUAACGUCCUUCCAUUUCAUUUUCAAUCAUUCAUUUCAUCUGCUAAAACUUCUCGGUAGUUCAACAAACCAAUCGAUUUCAGAUUUUGCGACCAUGGAUGAGGAUUCUCCCGCUCUUUCUCCGACGCCGAGAUCGCCGUCUCUGCCAUGGAAGACUCGCCUCUCUGUUUCCAUUUCUUCAGUCAUCGGCGACCUGGCCACUCGCCCCAACGGUACAGUCAAUCGUCGCUUUUUCGCCCUUCUCGACUUCAAGUCCGCUCCCAAUCCGGUGAAGCCUAUAACAGAUUGGCUGUGGAAGGCGUUUCUGCCGGAAGGAUCGAAUCGCGACCAUUUCGCGGCGAAUGUGAGCGGACCGAACGCGGAGGACAUAUCGGAGUUGGAAUUUCCGGAAACGGUGGUGUUCGUUGGGGGAUUCGAUCCAUUGAAGGAUCGACAGAGAAGAUACUACAAAUGGUUGAAGGAAUCAGGUAAGAAAGUUGAUCUGAUUGAGUAUCCCAAUAUGAUUCAUGCCUUCUAUCUCUUCCCUGAAUUGCCUGAAAGUUCUAAGCUGAUUAAUCAAGUUAGAGAUUUCGUUUCCAAUUGUAUGGUAAAAAGUGAUGAGAUUUUGUGAUGACUGAUGGAUGAUGAUGAACAUGAACAUGGACAUGAACAUUCAAUAAAUUUUAUUAGAGUCACUUUAGAGUAGUUUGGCUGAAUGUGUCGUUUGCCAUCAUUCAUAUAGCUAGGUCGAUGAUUUUAUUAUAGUCACCAUAGUUUGCACAUUUUUUUCCCUAAAGAAACUAUAGUUUGGCUAAACCUAUCCCAACAUAUCAUCCUAUGACUUAGGUGUGAUCACUAGUCGGUCGGCGUCGGUUUGAUGCGUUAAAAAAACAAUAGAAGAAACCGUACCCUAAACACUAUAAAAGAUAAAACACGUUUCGUGUAUGUGUAUAAUUUUGUGUAUCAUUUUCAGUCGGUUGGUUUUAUUUAGCUUAGAGUGGAUCGACUGAUCACCGGGUUGGUUUUUAAAAUGCCAAGCUGAUCAUAGACUGUUGGAGUCUAUAACCGACCAACUUUCAAUUGGUUGAUUACGGUAGGUCAUCUAAGUUUUUUUCUAUUCUUGUAUAACAUAACAUGUCUUUUGGUAGUAGGUCUUAAUUAGUUCUCACUCUUACUCUUACCUUUGUAAUGAAUUAUAUUCUAAUCCCAAAAUUACAGAUUUUUUAUAUAUGUCAUGGGAGAGAGGUGUUU